AUGAAAGGAGGAUGGAGUUUCUUGGACGUUUUUAAUUACAAAAGAAUAAUAAGAUGUGAAGAUAGUCAUGAUAAGAAUAACAAAGAUGAGGAUUCAACAUAUGGUGAUAAGAAAAGUAGUGAGUUAUAUGAAGAGAGUAGUAUAAAUAAUAACGACUCUUUAAUUGAUAUGAUUAAGAAGAUACCUAUUAAUCCAUUUAUUGAUAAAAAUGAAAAUAUGAAUAAAUAUAAAUAUAGUGUUGAAAAAAAAAAUAUUGAAAGAUAUACUGGUGUGAAUAUAUAUGAUGAAGUAGAUGAAAAGGAUGCAAAAAAAAACAAACCUGUUGAAUAUCCUUUUCCAAUUAAUAAUAAUAUAAUAUUUAAGAAAGAGAAAAAUAAUAAUCAAACAACAUCUUCUAAUAAUAAAAUUAAUACAAAUUAUAGUAAUAUAUCAAGUGAUUUAUAUCCUGAAGAAGGUUAUAAAACACCUAAUAAGACAAAACAUUUUUAUGCUGACUGGGAAAGAUUAUUAGCAUAUAAUUAUGGUUUAUAUACUUUCAAAAAUGCAAAUAAUAAUAAUACAAUUAUUAAUAGAGAUAUGCACUCAUUAAAUACAGAAAAUGAUAUAAGAAAUAAAUUAAAUUUAUAUAUAGAUAGAAUAAAUAUAGAUAAUCCAAAUGAUACAUGUAAAUAUCUAGGAAUAGAAGAAUAUAAAUGUUUAUUAUCACAUUCUUUUCAUAUGAAUCAAAAUAUUAGUAAUCAAAAAUGUGUCAAGUGGUUUAAUGAAUAUCUACAAUGUAAAUGGGAUGAACAAAAAUUAAAUUUUGGAUAUAAUUACAUUCAAAAUAGAAGACAUAAAAAAUCAAAGGCAUAUAUUGCAGCCCCCGAUUAUCAAUACGCAUAA